GUGUAACGAAUAGGAUUUUUUCCCAUUGCUUCUAUCUGGAAAUUGUGUUGUUAGUUAUUUUUUUUUGUAUAAAAAUAUUUAUUUCGUAAUGUCUCAGGUUACACCAAUACAAACUUAUCAACCAGCUGCCUUCUCAGUGUGUAGGUCAUGAUUCGCUAAAUGGAUACUGGGGGAUAACAAUGACUUCAAAAUAUUUAAACAAUAUGGUUUUUUACGUAGAUACAAAUACGAGAUAACCUAUUAAGAUUUUGGAUAUGGAUAUUUGGUAGUAUAUCAGAUCUAUCUACAAUUAUACUAACCUACGAAGGGUCAACCAUAGAACAUCUGCUAGUUAACAAUCGAAACAAGAGAAACGAGAGAGAAAAAAGAUCAACCCUUCGCUGCUUUACACAGUAUUUACUCACACAUAUCUCAGUCGAUUUUCAGUAAAGUAAUCGCUGAGAUUGAGGUGCAAUAAUUACAAGAAAAAUUAGUACAAAUAUCAACGACGUGACGUUAGCCGUUCAAGUAACGGCAUUUUUUACAAUCGGUUUUAAAUAACCUGUCAAAAUUUUCACAACGGAGGAACAAAACAUACUUAGUAAUUUAAAAGUUGAACAUGAGAAUCUUGUAGCAAAGUGGCUGCAAAAUUCUUUCAAAUUACAAGAAAAUACCGCCCUUGACCUCAGGGCGACACCGCUAACACCUCUUCAAAUACCAAUGGCGGAGGUAAACAAUAGACCAGUCUUUAAGAUGAACAAUGACUUCUGGAACCAGGCGCGAGGACCACCUCAGAAUCUGCCUCAGAAUCUAUCUAAUUCGAAUCAAAAUUCGCCAGUACCAGGGUCUACCAAUUCCAUACCUGCACAUUCACCGAGUCAACAAAGUAACAGUAGUCAGAUUCACGUUGUUACGCCAGGAGCUUUGGCUCUGCAACAAGCCAAUCAGCAAACGCAACAAAAUAAUCAAGCACAUGCGCAGCAACAAGCACAACAACAACAGCAGCAAGCGCAGCACAAUGCGCAACAGCAAGCGCAACAACAACAAAACGCACAACAGGUGCAGCAACAAGCUCAACAGCAAGCGCAGCAACAGGCUCAGCAACAGGCGCAGCAGCAACAACAGCAGCAACAACAGCAGCAACAGCAACAGAAUGCACAGAUGAACCAACAACAACAACUUAAUCCACAGCAACAACCACAAACUAAUGGACCUAACCAGCAACAAAAUCAGCAGUCUCAAUUAUCACCGCAUAUGGGGAGUCCUAACCCACACGCACAAGCAGCUCAUGCUCAUGCAUUGGCUCAAGUCGCUCAGCAGCAGCAGCAAAUGGUCAACAUGCACCAGCAAUUGACCAGUGGUCAAUCAUCUCCUGACAAACUGAUGACAGAGAAGAUCGUGAAUGAAUUACAGAUCUUCAUGCACAAAUCUGCUAUGCAGAUGCAUGCUAGGGACCUCGCCGGACGAUCGGAAGUAAAACCUCAUCAAUGUCAGCAGUGUCUCAAGUCCUUCAGUAGCAACCAUCAACUUGUACAGCACAUCCGAGUCCACACUGGCGAAAAGCCCUAUAAAUGUUCCUAUUGUGACAGGCGGUUCAAGCAGCUGAGUCACGUUCAACAACACACAAGACUUCACACGGGCGAACGUCCUUACAAGUGCCACCUUCCAGACUGUGGUCGAGCCUUUAUUCAACUGUCCAACCUCCAGCAACACCUCAGAAACCACGAUGCUCAAGUAGAAAGGGCGAAGAACAGGCCCUUCCAUUGCAACAUCUGCGGCAAAGGUUUUGCGACGGAAUCCAGUCUGAGAACGCACACGUCCAAAGUAAGCCAUUGUAUUGGUCGUUUGCAGCAACAUGCAGCUCUGAUCGGCGGACCCAACGCCACGUCAUGUCCGCUCUGCCACAAGAUGUUCCUCGGAGGCGAAGCUCUGAUGGAGCACAUGAAGCACACUCACAAGGAUCCCAAUGCUUCGGGGGUAGCAACGAAAAGGAGAACUGCCAAUCAUCCAUGUCCCGUUUGUGGGAAGCACUAUGUCAACGAAGGCUCUUUGAGAAAGCAUUUAGCUUGUCACCCCGAAACGUCACAAUUGUCGAGUUCCUUGAGAAUGUGGCCAUGUUCUGUAUGUCAAGCCGUAUUUACUCAUGAAUCAGGACUUCUUACGCAUAUGGAGCAUAUGAGGAUGGAUCCCAAACAUCAAUUCGCUGCUCAAUAUGUGCUCUCGAGAGCGGCCGCAGAAAGAAGAGAACGGGAAAGUAUCCUAGCCGCUGUAACAUCUGCCUCUGGAAGCGGUUUACUCGGCUUAGGAAUGGGUCCAGUUGAUUUUUCAGCGAGUGGCAGUCCAAUGUGUGCGUCUCCCAGCGCUCAUAGCGAUAGUUCCUCUGGUAAUGGAAGAUUAUCUUCAGCAGGCUCGGAAGGUGGACUCAACAACAACAACAAUAACUGCAAUACUAAAUUAGGUGAUAUCUUACGAAGCAACAAUGGACUCCAUCAACAAUAUAAUGUAGAAGAUCAAUUACACACGGCGAACCGAAUGGCCGUUUUAGCGAAUAUGGUUGGCCAAGGUGGAGUACCACCUGGUUUAGGUUCGGAUUCAUCUGCUGCUGCCAAUAUAACUGCCGCAAAUCUUGCCAAUUUAGCGAUGAGACUUGGUGUAACACAGGCAAACCAAGUAAACAACUCUAGUAAUCCAUCGACGCCUCCUAUCACCAACGACACCUUAUCGCUUUCUAUGAACGCAAUGAAUGCCAUGCGCGCCUCUAUGGACAGCAUUCGAAAUAUGGACGUGAUGAGGUCAUCCGUAAUGGAUAUGUCCUCGUCUCAGCAAUCGCAACAACAACAAGAAGCUUUUAGAAUGCAACACGCUGAAGCGCUAAUUAGGUCACAAGCAGAGACAGCUCUACGACUGGCUAUGAGCCAAGCGCUGCCUCAGCUUAGUCAACACCAACAGGAGAGCAGUCAUAGUCCGCUACGCCAUAAUGGAAAUUACCAGGGUCAUCAAGGUCAAUCGUCGCAACAACUAAGUCCUGAUCUAACUGAAGCCUUAAGGCUGCAAGAGCAAAGGUUAGAACAAGCCUUAAGGCUACACGGUAGCGAUCCGAGAACGUUAGGGUUUCCGCUAUCGACCCAACAACAAAAUCAACAACCAUGAAAUUUUAGCUACUACUGAACGCAUAAUACGUAAGGAUACCUUUUAAAAAAAUGUCUCAUUUUUUCGUUACGCUGUACAUACUUUUGAAAGCUAAAACCUGCUACCUAUAUUUGGACAUUUACGAAAAAGUUUAACCGAAGUUUUUUAUAAGUAUUUUACAUAUUAAUGAGACAACUAAACAAUAAGUGGAUGAAAACUAAAAAAUCUAUUUUAAUAUAUUCUAAAAAAGUUUUAACAUCUUUAGAAAUAAAAUUGGUCGUAAUAAUUAUGGUAGAUGGGGCUUUUAGCUUUUAAUUGUAACAUAAAAAGUAGAAGUAAAAGGCGGGCAGUCGUGUUGGUAUCAGUUGUAGUUGUAGCUUUUCUUUUUGUUAAAAUAUUUUUUAUCAAAUGAAAAAGGUGCUUUUUAUAUAAGCACGAAUCUGUCCGCCUUUUAAAAUUAUGAGAAAUAGUACAAAGUUGUUGUGUUUUUAGUUUUAAUUUAGCAGAACAGGAAAACAGUGACAUGGUAAACCUAAAAAAAUCGUUUACUGUUCGAACAAGUUCCAUAUAAAUCCGAUAAAAAAGUGGAUACUAUUGUUGAAACUUCUAUUUAUAGACGAAUCCAUAUACUUUUACAAAUCAAAUAUACUUUUAUAGAAAUUUUUAUACAAUCUUGGAGUUUUACAUAACUUGAGUAAUCCCAGUUUAAUAAAUUCUACACACCGGUUGUUUUAUGAAAUAAGUAUGUAUAAAAUAAUCUGGCAGAAAUAUAGACUAUAAAAAUAAUAAGCUACUGCUAUAAUUUAACGCAGUUUUUUUCUGAUUUACGCUAAUAUUAAUAUUUUAUUACCCGUAGCCCAUAAUUAGAAAUAAAUCUAAAUUUAAAAUCUGAAUUUAUUUAAAUUGUUUUAAAAAACAUAUAAAUAUAAACAUAUAUAAAUAUAAACCUAGGUUUAAUACUUAAAAUUCAUAAGAAAAACCUGUAUCUGUAGAGCCAACUACUAGCUCAAACCAGUGGCGGAUCUGGCAGUGCCUUGGUCGGGGAAAUUUGCAUUAGGGGGGGGGGACUUCCAAUGAAACACCAACCAAAAGACAUAAAAAGAUAAACCCAAACUACUUACAUAAAAAACAUAAAUAAUAACUUAUAUUCAUUAAGUUCCUUUAAUGUUCCUAACUAGCGUGUUUAUUGAGUUCAAUUUGUCAGUCUGUGGUUUAAAUUCCAUAUCAGCUAAUAUAUUUUUAUGUUUCAACAAUUUUUUUUCUUUAAUUUUUGACCUUGUUAGGGGGAAAUAUCCCCUUUUCCCUCCCGGUAGAUCCGCCAGUAGCUUAAACAUAAAACUAAAUCCACAAGAAAAUUUUCCUGUAAAUUUCAUAUAAAAAUUUAUUAGAAAAACCUUUAUAAAAGGUAUAUUUAUUAAAAAGGUACUUGCGGGCUACAUCACCAACGUUUUUGGAAUGACAAUUCUAUCAUCAGUGCUGCUUGCAAAAUGUACAUACAUGCUUGAGCCACUAAAAAUAAAUGGGGAAAACCCUUUGAACGGUGUAAAGUUAUUAUACAUUGUUGUAGAUAAUUAAUUAUUUAUAUG